AUGUGUACUACGUCAUACACAAACUGAUGUCUGGCGUUUGGAGACAACGAUGCGAGAAUUCGACUUAAUGCUUUAUGGUGAAAUAAGGUUCUUGGACUAAGCUGCCUGAUCCAUGGAACACAAAGUGAAGCAACGCUCUGAUGAGUGGCUUAAGCUACGCAAGAGUGUUUAUCUUACAGCAUCAAAGUUUGGAGAUGCUGUAGGGGUAGGGCUAGGAAAGCCAUUUGACUUUUUCCAGUCACUUGUGUCGCAAGAUGAAGAAGACACAGAAGAUGAAUUGAAUGUUAGCAUGCAAAGUGCAGAGCAGCUAAACAACAUGGAACAUGGGAGGAGAAUGGAACUGGUGAUACGAGAAGCAUAUGAACUUCUCACAGGGAACAGGGUGAUGGACUCAGGAUUUUGGAUUCCAUCAAAAGAUGAUCCUAUGCAUGGUCUGGUCGGUGCUUCACCAGAUGGUCUGGUGUUUGAUGGAUCUGAUAGCUCCAGGAUUCUGGGUUUAGUGGAAUUUAAAGCCCCAGUUCACAAUUUGUUCCGUAAAUCUGAUGGGGCACCCGGAGGAAUUCCUCGUCAGUAUAUGGUGCAGAUACAAGGUCAGAUGGCAGUUUGUGGUGCUGCCUGGUGUGACUUUAUGGCUAUCUGCAUCAAGACAAGGCAGGUGAUGCUGAAGCGUGUAUUUUUUCAGCCACGAUACUGGAGUCAUAUUUCUUCUGCCCUCAAACAGUUCUGCUUUGCCAUGCAGGAAGCUGAGAUAAUGAAAGAACUGGGGCAUGAUGUAACAAGUGGCCCAUUUGCAGUGCAACUUCGUCGACAGACCAUGCAGAGUAACCCAUUUCCAGCAGAGGACAUUAUAACUGUGCAGAAUCUACUGACCUGCAUGUCACCAGCUCUGUUUCGUGGACCCACACGCAAACUGUUGUCAUUUGAUGUCCUUGUGGGCAAUCCUUAUGUCCUACCCUGCAAUCUUAGCAAAUACAGCCAUGAUCUACUCACUAAAAUUGAUACAGAGAUUGGCCAGAAAGCAUCUGUUAAGUUAAAAGCAAUAAAAGACGGGGAUGGAGACAUUCAGAAACCUGUGUUUUGUGAUGGUUUUGUUGCAGAAGAGGUGGUCAUCCCUGAUUCACCAGAUAAAAUUGUAAAAGAUGCAAAUUAUUUGUUUGAGAGUCAGGAUGGCUUGGAGGACAUGAUACCAAGCAGUACCAGAAGAUGUGAAACCCAGGAAGAUGAACUUCAGUUAAUAGAGAAGUCCAGUGAUAUUCAAAUGUCUGGACAACGCUUAGAGAAAGAUAAUUGUUCUGUGGCAAAAAAGAGUGAAAGUGCUUCUCAGCAGGAGAUAUCUGUUGAAGUAAGCUUGCUACCAGCUGCUGAUCAGUUUACAAGCAGUCUGCCAGAGUCUAGUCAGAGCAGUUCAGCUCUAAAAGUCUCCACAGUACCAUCUGCAUUCCCAGAAGCACCUCCCGUCAGAAAAAUUAGACGUCCACGUCAGACAGAGGCACAGAAGUCUGUCCAAGCGAGCAGACAGAUGCCUGCUUCUUCUUCUGUGAUAUCCCUUCCACAUGCAUCAGGGUUGACACCUUCUGUGCAGGUCUCAGGACCAUUGUCCAAGGACAAAGAAGCAUCAUCACAAGUCACAGAAAAGUCUUCAACUGCGGUCUUACUGGUAAAGUCGAGUGCAAAAGAUGAAUGGGAAGCAGCUGCAGUGGGAAGACCUUUACCAAAGACAUCUGCAGAAACUAUCACUGAACCCAAUGCUGCACUUGACUCAAGCACCAUCAGUUCACAUUCAUCAGUUCAGGACACUUUGCCCAUGGCUGCACAACAUUCCCAGAAUGCAACAAUGGGAGCAAGAGAAGCCUGUGCAGCAACUUCGUGUGGUGUGGGAAUGCCAGUCAUUCAUAUUCCUCAAACAGCCACACAACCAUUGACUGCCCAAGACUCGCAUCCACCUCAGUCUAGUAAAACUCUCUCGGCAGAUGGCAACAGAUCAGGCAGUCUUCCUGACGAGAAAGAAGUUUUUAUGAGAGCAGAUAGCGAACUUGACAACAAACACGAAACCCAAGCUCAAUCCGUGACUGAGAAUAGUCCAGAUGGGGACAUCUUAAUCCCUGGCUUGACCUUGCUAUCAAAAUCAAAUCAAGAUGCAAUAGCUGCCUGUCAUAAUAUUACCCCAAAAGACACUGCAGAUGAGAAGUCAGACUUGCCUGAGCUUGUUUCCCCUUCGGUAGGAGAGGAUGUCAGUGAAAGUAGCAAGAAUGAGGAUGUGAAGGAAACACAAUUGGAUUCAUUUUCAACUGAGAAAUCACUGAAGCGACCUUUUCCUCAGAGAGGCAACAUACCAGAAGAAACCAAGAAAAUCAAAGAGGAUAAAGUACCAAACUUUGGAAGUCACUCCACUCACAUGCCCAUGGAGGAUUCAGUGUCUGCUCUUGGACAGCGAAGAUCAGUCCAUGAGGAACAGAGAUCAGCAAAUGAGGAACGAAGGACGUCCCUUGAGGAGCGAAGCCCUUUGAAAGACCAGAUACACAGGCCAUGGUUGAAUAGGCUUGACAACAGAACCUUCCAGCAGGUUCCUGGGAGGGACCCAGAAAGUUCCUUUGGAAGGGCUGUCGAGACUGAGCAUGGGCCUGGGCACUUUCGAGGCCCUGAAGAUAGUCACAUACCCAGUCUGCUGAACAUCAGAGUUGGUGGUGGUAGUGGAAAUCAACGAUCCUUGCCAUAUGAUAGAGAUGCAGAAAGAAAUCAAACCAAGCUUGAGCGAAGCUUCCAUUCAAGCAAGACAUUUGAUCACCAGCGCAUGGUUGCAGACGAGGAUUUUGGUCGGCGGUCAAAUCCUAACCUUGACCACCGAGUGCCUGGCUUCUUGCAUGACUUUGAGGGACCUAGACGGAACCCCAGGGAGCACUUGGGACAGCUGCCCCACAGAGAUGCUCGUAAUUUAAACUUUUUAGGUGUUGAUAUAAGUGGUGGGAUAAGGCAAGAGAUGGGACAGGUAUCAGAGAGGUGGAGAGAUGGAGGAGCAUUGCGGUUAGAUAGAUCAGAAUUUUUGUCUCGGGAUAUGGAGCCUGGUAGAGGGAACUGGAUAGGAGCACCUGGCCCCCAGUGGCAGUCAAUGCGACAAAUACUUCGACCACAGCAGUCAGCAGACUUUGGGGGGUUGAGAAGUGGCUGGGCUGGAAGUCAGCAACUGCCUGAUAAUUUCCUAGGUGUUCGUCGACCUUUCGAUAUGCUUUCUCAGCGUAAUUUUCCAGAGGGAAGGGAACGAUUGGGCCAAAGAGGCAAUGAAGCAGAUUUUAGAUCAGAUACCAUUAGGAAUAGUGCAUUCCGUGGAUUUCCGCCUGGACGACGACCAUCUGAAUUCUGAUUUAAUUUUCAUGAAGCAGAUUUAAGCUAGGGAAGUCAUAGCUUCAUUUAUUCAGCUGUUAAAGUGCAAAUAAUCUGCAGUCCCAUCUUUGCGUAAUUUCAAAUUAUACACGGAAUCAUGUGGGUAAAUUUUGUCAACAGAUUCAAACCCUGUUAGAUAAAAUUAUUCAGCCACAGAAUUCUUUGUUGGGAUCUAGAGAAACAUUCCAUGCUGAGCUACCUCUACCAGAAACAUGUCCUGAGCUGUGCAGUGUUUAUAUUGUUGUGAAUCUCAUCGAUUGCUUUGUUCUGAAGAAUUUCAUUUGUAUGUCAGAUGAAGUACUUUUCUCUACAUUGUUCAAUGUUAUUUUACCAAGGGGUACAUAUAUCAAGUCAUUUGCUUACAUAUGCUUCUUGAUGUUGCAUCAAUAGCAGGGCUUCUGCUUACGCAAAAAGUUGCGUACAGUACGCAUUAAAAGAUACAAAAUUGGGUAAGUGUAGUGUCUGAUAUCGUAGCCCAAUCUAUUGUUGUCAUCUGCUACAAGGUGAGAGUAGCUUCCCUUGCACUGAGUUUUUUUUCCUUACCUUCAGCAGACCCUUUAGAAAUCAGAAGGGGUCCCUGGGACCCCAAAGAAUUAAGCCUUAGCAGAAGCCCUGAAUAGGUUUCUGUUUUAUGGAUUGUUUGUGUUAUGAUCUGUCUUCAUUGCACCCAUUGCUGUAGGAAUUUAAUAAUACAAUACACUGCCUAUUCCCAAACUUGUAAAGCAGCACUUCAUCACAACUGCAAAAUAGACCUUACAUUUCAGCUCUGGUAGAUUUGCAGAUCUAUCCCUUACGCUGUAGAAACAAGUUGCCUUUUUAAAAAUUAAAUGUUUCAAUGUUGAAAAUUUGUUUUCACAUUUAUGUAAAUGAGUAUCAACUGCUUCUGAACCUAUUGAGAAGAACAUAUUUUGCUUUUUCAGGGGUUACAAUAUAUUGUUUUGCAAAUGAAAGACAUGAACCUUAUUUUUGUAACCAAACCAUGUAAUUUUGUGAUGCAGUGCAAAAUGCCAGUAUCAUUCAGAUUGUGUUAUAUAAGGUAGUUGUAUGUGUGAGUGUGUGCUAGUAAUCUGAUUGCCAUGGCUCUUGCAUGCUGAUUUGUAUGAUUGUAAUACCAUUUGCAUACACAUGUAACCUGUCUGUAUUGUGUAGGUCAGACAUACAUGCCCCUAUCAGUGUUUCAAGUUUACUGUCUGCAUCUGUAUGACAGCAGGAGCUUAAUAAAUAAACUGAAAAAUUUGAAAAA